AUGGCUCCCGGCGUCAACAACAUGGACUCGCUCCACAACAUGCCCGCCAGGGCUCCGACCAAGACCGUCUCCAUCGGUGUUGUCGGUCUCGGCCGCAUGGGCAAGCGUCACGCCAAGACCCUGCUCUACCGCACCCCGACGGCCAAGCUGGUCGCCGUGUGCACUAUCAGCGAGGUCGAGCUGGCCUGGGCCCGCGAGUUCUUCGCACCGGGCUCGGGCGUGACCGUCUACGAUUCGUACGACAAGAUGCUCCAGCACCAGGGACUCGAGGCUGUUUGGGUGUCGACCAGCACCGACCUGCACGCGCCUCAGGCCAACGCUGCCAUUGCAAAGGGCCUGCACGUUCUGUGCGAGAAGCCGCUGUCGACGAGCCUUGAGGAUGCCCAGUCCGUCGUCGAUGCCGCCGAGGCAAACCCCCACCUCAAGGUCAUGGCCGGCUACUCGCGCCGCUUCGAUGCCUCAUACCGCGAAGCCAAGGCCAAGAUCGAGGCCGGCGUCAUUGGCACGCCCUUCAUGGUUCGCAGCCAGACGGGUGACCUGCGCGACGACACGGGCUUCUUCGUGCGCUACGCCGCCAAGAACGGCGCCGUCUUCGUCGACUGCAGCAUCCACGACAUCGACCUGACCAUGUGGUUCCUCGGCGACGACCUCGUCCCCAAGACCGUCUUCGCCAUCGGCACCCUCACCCACCACCCCGAGCUGGCCCAGAGCCGCGACGUCGACAAUGGCAUCGGUGUUGUCGAGUUCUGGGGCGGCAAGAUGGCCUACUACUACUGCAGCAGGACUCAGGCUCACGGCCAGGACGUGGCUACUGAGAUUAUCGGCACCCACGGCAAGAUCAUGGUCAACCUGAUCCCCCGUAUCAACCACAUCCAAGUCGCCAGUGCCACCGGCAUCAACCACGAGGUCCCCCCGGAGUACUGGGAGCGCUUCGAGGACGCCUUCGCCACCGAGGCCAACGAGUUCUGCGACAGCAUUCUCGAGAACAAGCCCGUCCCCGUCCCCAUGAACCUCGGCGUCAAGGGCAUGAAGAUCGCCUGGGCCCUGCAGCACGCCCUCUGGCACAACAAGUCCCUCCACUUCGACCGCAACGGCAACCAGAUCGACGGUCCCGCCGAGAACUAA